AUCUGUCAAAGCGGACAGAGACGACAAGCAGAGAGAACGUGUCAAGACGUUUCUCAUGUACACUGUCGAUUAGGAGGUAAAAGAUAUCAUCUGAAUUCUUCUGAUCUGAGAGGAACAUUUUAUUUGAACAAAGGAAGAUAGGUGAACCACAUCAUCAGCUCUCCUUUGUGUGACACAGAUCACCUUCGGCAGCUUUAUUCACUGAGCGGACUAUGAAUUGAGAAAUUGCAAUUCUUUGGUUAUGGACAUUGCUUACUUUUUGACAACAAAGAUUAGGGAGAUGGAUUCUGGACGGAAAGAGGACAAAACAAUGCCAAAAGGAGGAUCCAAAUGCUUUAAACAAAGCUUUGUUUUUCUCUUGCUUAUUAUCAGCAGUUUUGUUGUCCCAGUCACAGGAUUCUCACUGAAGUCUUGCCGAAUCAGUUACAAUGUCGCCAUAUGUUCCAGGAACAAACUCAGUACUGUACCUCGAGAUAUUCCCUCAACUGUGACAGGCUUGGACUUGUCUGAAAACAGAUUUGCCAAACUACAAUCAGGAGAUUUCAAAAAUCUAUCAUUUGUGACAGAGUUAGACCUGAGACGCAACUACAUCACGCAGUUAGGCGCAAGGGCCUUCGUCGGUCUGAUUUCCCUCAAGAAGUUAAAUCUAAAUAAUAACAGACUUAGCAAACUUGGAGAUUAUGUUUUUGAUGGGUUGGGCAACCUCACAGAGCUCACAAUGUUUAGAAACCACAUGAAAACGGUGGCGUCCACCUCAUUUAAGUCCUUGACAAGCCUUAGAUUUUUGGAUUUGUCCAACAACAAACUGAGCCACAUGACAAAAGUUCAUUCUAUAAUACAGCAUCUGCCAAAUCUAUGGAAGUUGUUUCUCGAAAACAACAAUAUUGAAAAUUUUCAGUCAUGGGUUCUGACAAACAGCUCGCUAAAACUUGCUUACCUUGAUCUGUCCCAAAAUCCCAUUGAAGUCUUUUGGAUCACUGCCGAUGUUUUCCCAGAUCUCACCUGGUUAAAGAUUGGCGGCGGGUCUAAAAAGCUUCACAUGAAAUGGGACAUUCGUAACGAGACUUUCGUUCGUCAGGUGUCUGCUCUUGAUAUCAGUGAGCUUCAAAUAGAUUCUGAAGACAUGAAAAUGUUACGAGGGAUUUUCAACUCAUCAGUGAUUUCUCUGAAGAUGAAUGCAAUGAGAAGAACACACCUUACAACAAUAGUAAACAUAUCCUGCACCUUCCCAAUGAUCUCCAGGCUCCAACUCAGAAGAAACAACUUCUUCACAGUCAGUGAAAAUUUGCUCCAGUUGUGUGUUAACGUAACAGAUUUAGAUUUAGCAGGUAAUACAAUAAGAACUAUCCAUGAUGACGCCUUCAGAUCUCUACGAGGCUUAAGGAUCUUGAGUCUUACUCAGAACAAGCUCACAUCUGUUCCAACAUCUAUGAGGAACAUACCAACUCUUGUAGAGCUGGAUCUCAGCAAGAACAACAUUACCUCACUUGGUUGUUACGAUUUUGCCAAUCUGACAAAUCUCAGGCAGCUCAGCCUUCAUCAGAAUUUGAUCACAGCUCUACAAGAGUGCGUUUUCAAGGAUUUAACAGGAUUAAGAGUUUUAAAGUUACAGCUCAACGGCCUUUCCAAAUUUAACGGUGCUUUCAAAAGGCACUUGCCGAAUCUUGAACAACUACAUUUGCAUGGAAAUAAAAUCACUGCAAUCCGACGUGGGGAAUUAAAGGGCUUGGAUUUUCUCAAGAACUUGUCGUUGCAACAAAAUCCAAUAAGGACAAUUGAAAAUGGGUCUUUUAUUAAUUUGACAUGCCUUACCGAUAUUGAGCUACAAACAAAUAAUAUUAUAAAAGAUGCAUUACAGAAUGGUGGUUUCAAUGAUUUGGUCAAUUUAAAAAGAUUAAAUUUGGAGGACAAUCACAUUAAAUACACUGAUACUGAACCUCUCUCUCAUCCUCCAUUUUCUCGGCUGUCCAAUCUCGACACAUUAUCUAUUAAUGGACAACACAGCAGGGGGAAGUCCAGGCUACCUUGCAACUUCCUGCAAGGUUUGACUAAUCUGUUGCUUUUCAAUGCCAGGAACAUUCAACUUCUGUCCUUGCACAAAGACACGUUUAUUUACACGCCUCGACUGCGAAAUCUUGACAUUAGCUCGAAUGACCUCAUGAAUCUCGAUGCAGAUCUGUUUUUCCCAAUUCGAAGCCUUUUAAGCCUCUACAUAUCUCGAACAAGUCUUCAGUCUCUAGAUUUCCUUAUAGAGGCCAACCUUACUAAUCUGGAGUUUCUGCAGGGAAGGAAGAAUCAAUAUUCAGUUUUGAGUAAGGAAGUAUUUGAGUCCCUUCCGGCUCUUGAUUACUUGGAUAUUGAAGGAAAUAGUUUCAUCUGUGACUGUGAUAAUGCCUGGUUCCUCGAGUGGGCAGCAAAUAACAAACAAACACAAGUUGCUGACGCCUACAACUUUUCGUGCAACUAUCCUACAGACCUUAAAGGUAUGAAACUAAUGGACCUCGACGUCCAGUCGUGCACAGUGAACGUUGAAUUCAUCUGCUAUAUCUCCACCAUGUGUACGAUCCUCCUGUUCAUGGUGGCGUCCUUCACCUACCAUUUCUUGAGGUGGCAGCUGGCCUACGCCUACUACCUCUUCUUGGCUUUGCUCUUUGACGCAAAGCAUAAAGACAAGCCAGCUCACGAUCAGUAUGACGCCUUCAUCUCGUACAACACCGACGAUGAGCCGUGGGUCAUCAGAGAACUGUUGCCAAAACUGGAAGGGGAGCAGGGUUGGAGAUUGUGUCUGCACCAUCGAGACUUCGAGCCAGGUAAACCCAUCAUAGAGAACAUCACAGAUGCCAUCUAUGGAAGCAGGAAGACCAUCUGUGUGAUCAGUCGCAGAUACCUGGAGAGUGAGUGGUGCUCCAGAGAGAUCCAGGUGGCCAGCUUCCGUCUGUUCGAUGAGAAGAAGGACGUGCUGAUCCUGGUGUUUCUGGAGGACAUUCCCACCUCUCACAUGUCUCCUUACUACCGCAUGAGGAAGCUGUUGAAGAGACAGACCUACUUGAGCUGGCCUCGAGCCGGGGAGCACCCCGAGCUGUUCUGGGAGAAACUUCGCCAGGCUCUGAAGACCACAGACAAUCUUGGUGACGACAGAUUCCACCUCACUGUGAUGGACAGACCAUCGGACUAUGAAUUGAGAAAUUGCAACUCUUUGUUUAUGGACAUUGCUUACUUUUUGACAACAAAGAUUAGGGAGAUGGAUUCUGGACGGAAAGAGGACAAAACAAUGCCAAAAGGAGGAUCCAAAUGCUUUUUACAAAGCUUUAUUUUUCUCUUGCUUAUUAUCAGCAGUUUUGUUGUCCCAGUCACAGGAUUCUCACUGAAGUCUUGCCGAAUCAGUUACAAUGUCGCCAUAUGUUCUGGGAAAAAACUCAGUACUGUACCUCGAGAUAUUCCCUCAACUGUGACAGGCUUGGACUUGUCUGAAAACAGAUUUGCCAAACUACAAUCAGGAGAUUUCAAAAAUCUAUCAUUUGUGACAGAGUUAGACCUGAAACGCAACUCCAUCACGCAGUUAGACGCAAGGGCCUUCGCCGGUCUGAUUUCCCUCAAGAAGUUAAAUCUAAAUAAUAACAGACUUAGCAAACUUGGAGAUUAUGUUUUUGAUGGGUUGGGCAACCUCACAGAGCUCACAAUGUUUAGAAACCACAUGAAAACGGUGGCGUCCACAUCAUUUAAGUCCUUGACAAGCUUGAGAGUUUUGGAUUUGUCCAACAACAAACUGAGCCACAUGACAAAAGUUCAUUCUAUAAUACAGCAUCUGCCAAAUCUAUGGAAGUUGUUACUCGAAAACAACAAUAUUGAAAAAUUUCAGUCGUGGGUUCUGACAAACAGCUCGCUAAAACUUGCUUACCUUGAUCUGUCCCAAAAUCCCAUUGAAGUCUUUCGGAUCACUGCCGAUGUUUUCCCAGAUCUCACCUGGCUAAGGAUUGGCGGCGGGUCUAAAAAGCUUCACAUGAAAUGGGACAUUCGUAACGAGACUUUCGUUCGUCAGGUGUCUGCUCUUGAUAUCAGUGAGCUUCAAUUAGAUUCUGAAGACAUGAAAAUGUUACGAGGGAUUUUCAACUCAUCAGUGAUUUCUCUGAAGAUGAAUGCAAUGAGAAAAACACACCUUACAACAAUAGUAAACAUAUCCUGCACCUUCCCAAUGAUGUCCAGUCUCCAACUCAGAAGAAACAACUUCUUCACAGUCAGUGAAAAUUUGCUCCAGUUGUGUGUUAACGUAACAGAUUUAGAUUUAGCAGGUAAUAAAAUAAGAACUGUCCAUGAUGAAGCCUUCAGAUCUCUACGAGGCUUAAGGAUCUUGAGUCUUACUCAGAACAAGCUCACAUCUGUUCCAACAUCUAUGAGGAACAUACCAACUCUUGUAGAGCUGGAUCUCAGCAAGAACAACAUUACCUCACUUGGUUGUUACGAUUUUGCCAAUCUGACAAAUCUCAGGCAGCUCAGCCUUCAUCAGAAUUUGAUCACAGCUCUACAAGAGUGCGUUUUCAAGGAUUUAACAGGAUUACGAGUUUUAAAGUUACAGCUCAACGGCCUUUCCAAAUUUAACGGUGCUUUCAAAAGGCACUUGCCAAAUCUUGAACAAUUACGUUUGCAUGGAAAUAAAAUCACCACAAUCGGACGUGGGGAAUUAAAGGGCUUGUAUUCUCUCAAGAACUUGUCGUUGCAUGAAAAUCCAAUAAGGACAAUUGAAAAUGGGUCUUUUAUUAAUUUGACAUGCCUUACCGAUAUUCAGCUACAAACAAAUAAUAUUGUAAAAGAUGCAUUACAGAAUGGUGGUUUCAAUGAUUUGGUCAAUUUAAAAAAAUUAAAUUUGGCGGAUAAUCACAUUCAAUACCUUGAAACUGAAGCUCUCUCUCAUCCUCCAUUUUCUCGGCUGUCCAAUCUCGAGACAUUAUCUAUUAAUGCACAACACAGAAGGGGGAAGUCCAGGCUACCUUGCAACUUCCUGCAAGGUUUGACUAAUCUGUUGCUUUUCAAUGCCGGGAACAAUCAACUUCUGUCCUUGCACAAAGACACGUUUAUUUACACGCCUCGACUGCAAACUCUUUACAUUCGCUCGAAUGAGCUCAUGAAUCUCGAUGCAGAUCUGUUUUUCCCAAUACGAAGCCUUUUAAGCCUCUACAUAUCUCGAACAAGUCUUCAGUCUCUAGAUUUCCUCAUAGAGGCCAACCUUACUAAUCUGGAGUUUCUGCAGGGAAGGAAGAAUCAAUAUUCAGUUUUGAGUAAGGAAGUAUUUGAGUCCCUUCCGGCUCUUAAUUACUUGGAUAUUGAAGGAAAUAGUUUCACCUGUGACUGUGAUAAUGCCUGGUUCCUCCAGUGGGCAGCAAAUAACAACCAAACACAAGUUGCUGACGCCUACAACUUUUCGUGCAACUAUCCUACAGACCUUAAAGGUAUGAAACUAAUGGACCUCGACGUCCAGUCGUGCACAGUGAACGUUGAAUUCAUCUGCUAUAUCUCCACCAUGUGUACGAUCCUCCUGUUCAUGGUGGCGUCCUUCACCUACCAUUUCUUGAGGUGGCAGCUGGCCUACGCCUACUACCUCUUCUUGGCUUUGCUCUUUGACGCAAAGCAUAAAGACAAGCCAGCUCACUAUCAGUAUGACGCCUUCAUCUCGUACAACACCGACGAUGAGCCGUGGGUCAUCAGAGAACUGUUGCCAAAACUGGAAGGGGAGCAGGGUUGGAGAUUGUGUCUGCACCAUCGAGACUUCGAGCCAGGUAAACCCAUCAUAGAGAACAUCACAGAUGCCAUCUAUGGAAGCAGGAAGACCAUCUGUGUGAUCAGUCGCAGAUACCUGGAGAGUGAGUGGUGCUCCAGAGAGAUCCAGAUGGCCAGCUUCCGUCUGUUUGAUGAGCAGAAGGACGUGCUGAUCCUGGUGUUUCUGGAGGACAUUCCCACCUCUCACAUGUCUCCUUACUACCGCAUGAGGAAGCUGUUGAAGAGACAGACCUACUUGAGCUGGCCUCGAGCCGGGGAGCACCCCGAGCUGUUCUGGGAGAAACUUCGCCAGGCUCUGAAGACCACAGACAAUCUUGGUGACGACAGAUCCCACCUCACUGUGAUGGACAGACCAUGACGGGGAAGUAUAGUCCUCUCUUUGUGUGUGUGUGUGUGUGUGUGUGUGUGUGUGUGUGUGAGGUUCACAGCCAGUGCACUCCAUUGGAAUCUUCUUGUUGGUUUCCACUACCACAAAAUUUCCAUAAAUAAAACUGUUGGAGGUUGCUGGCUUUGAAUUUUAACACAAACUGGAUCAGCUGGUCUACUGAAAUGGAAAAUCAGCUCGAAUAGUUUCCAUACACCCAAACUGGAAGACCAAGUUAUGACUAAUUACAAGUGAAAUUGUUUUUUUCCAUAAUGAACGUGUGAACUCUGCCUUUGAAUUCUCUAAUGAGGAAAUUAACUGAUGAUGACAUAUAAUAUUAUAAAUAGCAUCCCAUUUGACUCACUCUGUAGUCAGACCGUACACAGUGUCCCAACUUUUUUUGAUAAUCUAGAGUUGUGCAUCUACUCCAUAUUUCUUCUUGAUUUUAUGCAUUCUAAUCGAACUUCUGACCUUUUUUGACUUUAAGAAAGAUGAAAUGUGCAAUGUACUGCAGAUAUGACGUAUAAUUGUGCCAUUUUCUAUAUACAGUACCAGUCAAAUGUGUGUCAUUCAAUGGUUUAUCUUUAUAUUUUGUUGUUUUCAACAUUGUAGAUUAAUACUGGAGGUAUCAAAACUACGGUAGAACACAUGGAAUUAUGUAUUUUUUUAAAAAGUGUUAAACAAACCAGAAUAUGUUUUAUAUUUUAGAUUUUUGUACACUUCUGGCUUUCUCUCAGUCAGCUCCAUGAGCUGCUCAUGUGGAUGGUUUUCAGUUAACAGGUGCACCUUGUCAAGAGUUAGUUUCUUGCCUUCUU